AUGUCUGGCCUCCCCCUUCCACGCAUCAUCACCGACACGGGUGAUGCGCCGUCUGAAUCUUCCGACGACCACUUCUCCUCGGCCAGUGAAGGAACGCCCAACCCCAACCGCCUCAGCACCGACGGCUCCCAAUCGCCCAUCCCCAUCACCCGCGUAGAGCGAGUCGACGACAAGGCGGCAUACGGCGAAGAGCCGGGCACUCCCGCCUACGCGCUCCGCACCGCCGAUGCCGUUCCCGAUGAGGUGGAAGUGGUGCCCGAGGGUCGUCGAGCGCGCAGUGGAACGCAGAGCCGCAGUCGCUCCCACUCGAAUCUGAGUGUCAGCAGUCGACCACCGACGCCGGGAGGCUCCCCGGUCCCGCAUAUCAAAGUGGAGCGACUGGACGAUAAACCGGCAUAUGGAGAGGUCGAGGGCACAGUGGCCAAAGAGAUGCGGGAGUUUGAUGCGCAGCCGGAUGAGAUGACGGUGGUGGAGAGGGAUGAUGAUGGUAGGAGCGAAGAGGUAGGCGACGCCAAGGUGGGAGAGCAGCAGGCCUGGUUGAAGGAGAUGUGGGAGGGAAAGCAGCAAGCAGGACAACCAACACCACCACCACCACAACAACAAGAACAAGAAGAACCCCAAACCCUUCACGAAGACGAAAAUGACCAAGGAGAAGAGGCCGAAGCCGCAAAAGACGACGAUGACGAUGAUGACGACGACUUUGGAGACGAUUUUGAUGAAUUUGCAGAAGAGGGCGGCGACGACGAUGAUUUUGGAGACUUUGACGAGGCCGAUGGGGAUGCGGAUGAAGGAGGAGGGAUGGAAGAAACCCUUCCUUCUUCAUCCCUCGCUGGUCUUUCGCCUCUCAAUCUGACCCUCGACUUGUCCCCCGACGACCUCGACUCCUACCUCGACGCCAUCUUCCCCACCCACCCUUCAAACCCCACCGAUAUUCCCACCUUGAACAUGUCCAAUUCCUCUCCCUUCCUUUCCGACCGCUCCCUCUCCCUCUGGCAACAACUCGUCUCUCCUCCACCCAUGCAACCUCCCAAUUGGACCCGUUCCCGCAUUCGACGUCUCUUCCUCGUCUCCCUGGGCGUGCCAGUCGACCUGGACGAGAUCCUCCCGCCUUCCAAACAGAAACGUCUCGUAUUGCCCAACAUCAACCUGCCAGCUUCCCCUCGCGCAUCCACUCUUGAACGCUUAAAACGAGGUGAUGGCGGGAAUGAAUCUUCCACCUCCAUCGACUCUAAAACAGGGACAGCAAAGAAGUCUUCCACCACCACAUCAAGAAGAAGAGGGCCUCCGCCCCCUCCAGAAUUCGACGCAAAUUCCGCCGUCUUGAUCUGUAGGACCACCGUUGAGGCGAUGGAAGGUUUGGAGGAUGGAGAGUUAAAGUCUCAUUUGGAGUCCUUGGAGGGCUUGAACCGGAGGAGCAGUGGAGUGUUGGAGUAUUGGUUGCAGAGAAAGGAUGAGGCGUUAAAGGAGAAGGAGGCGUUGGAGGGGGUUAUUGAGAAUCUGGUGGGAUUUGUAAAGGGGAGGAGAGGGGGGAAGUAA